CCCUCAACUACUAACCAACUUCCUGUUUUCUAGGAAUCCUGCCUGAAGCUUCGCCAGAAAAUGCAUAAUCAACCUUCUUCACCGUCACAAACCGGAGCUCCGACCGAGUUAAGGAAUACCCAGAUGAUUUCCUCUUUGCUUUCCGGUACCCCUGAUGACCCCGCAGCUUCAUCCAUCUUUGACUGGUCGGAUUUACUCGAAUUCGACCUACACGAACAAUUGAGCAUCUCAUUCGAUGACCCACUUCACCAAGAGCAGCAACCGGAGACAGAAUUGGUGGCGCCGGUGAUACCUUCUUCGGAGGAUUCACCACAAAGCCAAGAUACGGAUGCGGGUCGGAUCAGGAAGAGGGACCCGAGGAUGGCAUGUUCGAAUUUUCUGGCGGGUCGGAUCCCGUGUGCUUGCCCCGAGCUAGAUGAGAUGAUGGAGGAAGAGGAGAUGGCAGGGAUUGGGCCAGGGAAGAAACGGGCUAGGACUGUACGGGCUUCUGCCGGAGCUGGGGCGAGGUGUCAAGUACCGGAUUGUGAGGCGGAUAUCAGUGAGCUGAAAGGGUAUCAUAAGAGACACAGGGUGUGCUUACGUUGUGCUAAUGCAACUGCUGUGGUUCUCGAUGGGCAUAGUAAGAGAUAUUGUCAGCAGUGUGGCAAGUUUCAUAUUUUGUCAGACUUUGAUGAAGGUAAGCGUAGUUGUAGAAGAAAAUUAGAGCGACACAACAACAGGCGUAGGAGAAAAGCCACUGAUUCGUCCAAAACGUCUGCUGAAAAGGAAUCUCAGCAGCUCACAACGGCUGAUGAUGUUAGUGGUGAUGACGACAUCGUCAAAGAUAGCACAUGCAUGGGCAGCCAGUUAGGAGAAAAGGAAAUCCUAUUAGAAUCUGAAGGACAUGUGCCAAUAUGCUCUACUCAAGGCAUCCAAAAUAAUCACAGUGAUAGUUUCACAGCUUCUGGUGAAACACAGGUUGAUGCAGAAAAGGAGAACUACAAAAAUUCCCAUUCUCCAACCUAUUAUGACAACAAGAGUGCCCUUUCUUCGGUGUGUCCCACUGGUCGGAUCUCAUUCAAGCUUUAUGAUUGGAACCCCGCAGAAUUCCCUCGAAGACUCCGGCACCAAAUCUUCCAGUGGUUGGCCAGUAUGCCUGUCGAAUUGGAGGGCUAUAUUCGUCCAGGUUGUACAAUCUUGACAGUUUUUGUUGCAAUGCCGACAUUCAAGUGGGGUAAGUUACUAGAAGACCCAGCUGCACACCUAUAUGAGUUAAUUGCAUCACCAGGAAACACGCUUCGUGGAAGAGGAAGCUUUCUUAUUUAUCUCAACAACAUGGUAUUUCGUGUUGCCAAAGCAGGUGAAAAUUCAGUAGUUAAAGUCAAACUGAAGGGACCAGCACCAAAGCUUAUGUCAGUUCAUCCUAUGUGCUUUGAGGCUGGCAAGCCUAUGGAGUUUUUUGCCUGUGGAAGCAAUCUGAUGCAGCCCAGAUUCCGGUUUCUUGUGUCAUUUGGGGGAAGGUAUUUGGGGAAUGAUAUCAAUGUCGUACCAUCAGAUUGUAAAAUUGAAGGUGAUUCUAGUAGCAUGGAGCAUCAAUUAUUAAAGAUACAUGUCCCUAGAACUGAAGCAGAUCUUUUUGGCCCCGCUUUUGUUGAGGUUGAGAAUGAAUCUGGUUUAUCUAACUUCAUCCCCAUCCUCGUUGCGGAAAAGGAUAUUUGUGCAGAAAUGAAGGAAAUACAACGGAAGUUCUGUUCUGGAGGGUCAGAAUGCACUGCUGUUUGUUCUCCAUGUGAAGCUUCCACGUCUAGAAAAUCAGAAUUUUCAGAAUUUAUGUUGGAUGUGGCAUGGUUACUAAAGGAGCCUUCAUCAGAAAAUGUUCAGAUUCUGGCGUCUGUACAGAUGCAGAGAUUUAAUUAUUUGUUGAACAUUUUAAUGGAAAGUCAGUCAACUAUUAUUUUGGAAAGAGUAUUGUCUUAUUUUGAAAAUAUGGUGAAGAGAAAUAUGUUAGCUGGCAUCACUGAUGCUGACAUGAGACUUUUUCAGAAGAAUAUCCUCGAGAAAAAUAAUCUGCUCAAGGAAAGAUUGUAUCUAAAGGAAUAUUUUGCGGGAGAAUCGGGACAAAUUAUCCAGGAGCUUCCUAAUUUGCAGGACACAGAGGUACCACAUAAGCACAACAUAGAGUUUGGUCCUACUUAUUGGGAGAGAACUUCUACAGUCCCACUUUUGGAUGCAGAAUUGCCAUUGAGAGUGAAGGAAGAACAAUCAGGGAAGUCCCGUGGCUUCUUGGUUAGAAAGACAGUCUUGACGUCUCGUACUCUUGUUUUGUUAAUCUCUGGUUUUGCUUUGUGUCUUGGUCUAUGUGCAACAUUCCUGCACCCUAGAAAAGUUGGUGACAUCGCUAUGACAAUCCGGAGGUGUUUGUUUGACAAAACUUAAAAUUGCAUGUAACUUUUACCAAAAUGACGAUUUGCAGUCACAGAUUAUAGGUGUGAUCUCCAUUGCUCGGGUCCCUUCUUGGUCGCUGAUCUUGUAUGAUAUUCAUGUGUUUGCUACAACUGCGUCUCAAGAAACUGGACAGCAUUGAGUGAAGAGUUGAUGAUUAGGUCCUGAGUCCUGACCAAAUGCUUGCUGGGAGACAUGCUUUGUGGCAUUCUUGAUGUACUAUACUACCUGUGCUAUGUAAACAGAAUAACUGUAUCAGCUAUGUAGCUUCAAAUAGUUGUGUAGUUUCUUUGUAGAAGUUCUUGGAUAGUCACCCUAAAAACUUGUUAUUGCUGA